UGGCUCAAUUCAUACACUUGACAGUUCUCUGACUGCAGCACGAGAAUCUAACCAAAACAAAUAUUUAGUGGUAAAAAUUUAUAGAAAAAAGGUUGAAAAUGAAUCGAUUGCCGGUAAUUUUUGCGAAAUUUUCUAGUCUGCAACAGAUUCAGAAUGUAUCGAGCAGAGAGAUUCAUAUAACCGGUGUACAAAUGGAUAUUUUGUGGCGAAGGAAUCGACGAUUGCCGAAAAAUCCAACAUCGUCUGGACCAUUGACUGAUCUGCCCGAUUACACUUAUAUGGAUGGCCGACCAACGCCAUUGGGUAUUCGACAAAAGGCACGUUUGGAUCGUCAACGUGAAUUGGCGGCAAAAAUUGUGAAAAACAUCAAGGAACUUGAUGAUGCCAAACAAAUGUAUCAACAAAAGCUGGUGGCAACCGAAGAAGAGAGAAAGGCAAUUCUAGAGAGCAAACUAAAGCCAAAAGGAAGAUUUCUAGCGAAGAAAGACUAAUUUUUAGCUUAUUCUCUGAGGUUUAUUUUGUAGAAAGUGUUCGAUGAAUAAAAGUUUACUGUUAAAAAAAAUAAAAA